AUGAGUUCUGAGAAACACGAUGAAAUACAGCCCGGCGAAAGGGGACACAAACUCCGCUCUGCUAAGCCUGUUAUCGUUUGCCUGGAUGGCCGCCAGUUCCGCAUCAAUCAGGGCAUACCGCAAGACGUGGCAGACAAACUGGAAGAACUCUUUGACCAAUUUUCAGAAGUCAAAUAUGAACAAGUACCGAGUCAUCUUAAGGCCUAUCAAAUGGGGACUGGUGAAGCUCCUGCGGAUGGAAGUCAGGAUGCACCGACGAGCGAAUAA